UUUCAUAUCAAUCAAUGGGUGUGUCUCUUUUUUUUGUUCCUUUUCUCGCUAUCUCUACAGAUUUAAUUUGAUAUAGUCAUCGAUGAUGUAAUAAUUGUUAGCCAUUGAAUUUAUUGAUUUUUAUGGUUUGAAAAUUUUUUCUUUCUAAUUGUUUCAUCAGUUUUUUGUAUGUGCUCAAGUGAAUGUUGUUAUAUUGUGUUUAUUGUUAUUGAUGUGUACUGUGUGUUUGUUUGUUUGUGUGUGUGUGAUUACCACAUUUCGUGUUCAUUUGGCCAAUUAGUUCAUCAUAUUCUUAUUCAUCUGUACGAAACCUAAAAUAGAAUAAAUAAAAAAAAAAAAAAUGGAAACCUGCGUAUUAAUACCAUCAGAAUUUAGCCUAAUGUUACGGCCAAAAGAUUCCUAUCUACAUCUUAUAAAUGGAUUGAAAAAUAUCAAAAGUCGACAACAAAAUGCAACAGAAAAGAAAACAGAAACCGAAUCCGGUGUUUGUGUUUACAGUAAUCAAUUAAUACGUAAAGGUACCUGUUUCUUACCAUUCCAAGGUACAAUACGUUUGGAUCGUCUAGAAGUUUAUUCAUUGCUCAAUGAUGAUGAUAUACGAAAUAAAUUUGGUUGUUUCGAUGAGAUACGUGAUAUUGAUAAUAAAAAAGUACGACAUUGUAAUUGGAUACGUUUUGUAACAAUAACAAAAUUAUUGAAUGAAAAUGUCAAUAUUAUUGGACGUAUAAUACGUGGUGAAGUGAUAUAUGAAUGUAUACAGACAAUUGUUUCAAAUAAAGAGAUUGUCGUAUAUUAUGAUCUCAAAAAUUUCGAUCUAAAUACAACAACAACAACAUUGUUUCAUCAAUUCUAUCCAUCAUUGUUUGCUGUAUCACCAUUUUUUCGUACACAUCAUCAUCAUGCAUUUAUUUGUCGUCAAGCAUUACAAGAUAGUCCACUUGAUCUUUCAAUGUCAUUAUUGGCAUCACCAUCCGAAUCAUCGACAACAUCAUCGAUAUCAUCAUCAUCAUCAUCGUCAUCAUCGACGUUAUUUUCACAGAAUAAUGAAAAUCAUUUAUUACCUUUUUUAUCAUCAUCUGAUGGACAUUUAUCAGCCGCAUCAUCAUCAUCGAAUACAAUGAAAAGUCAUUCAACAUCAAAAUCGAUGACAACAACAGCAACAAUGAAAAUAUUGAAUUCAUCAUCAUCAAGAACAUUGAACGCAUCAACAAAGGCAAUGGCUAAAACUAAUGCUGCGGCUGCUGCUGCUGCUGCAGCAGCAUUAAAACUAACAAUGACAAAAACCGUAUUAAAAGAUAUUGAAACAAUGAAAUCUUUAGCUAAUCAUUUAGUGGUGAAAAAACCACGUGAACGUACAAUGUUACCAUGUGAAUAUUGUGGUAAAGCAUUUGAUCGACCAUCAUUAUUACGUCGUCAUCUGCGUACACAUACUGGUGAAAAACCUCAUGUUUGUGAUGUUUGUGGCAAAGGAUUUAGCACAUCAUCAUCAUUAAAUACACAUCGCAGAAUACAUUCUGGUGAAAAACCACAUCAAUGUCCAAUAUGUGGUAAACGUUUUACAGCUAGUUCGAAUCUAUAUUAUCAUCGUAUGACACAUAAUAAGGUUAAGCCACAUGCUUGUCAAUUGUGUUCCAAGUCAUUUCCAACACCAGGUGAUCUUAAAAGCCAUAUGUAUGUACAUAAUGGUUCGUGGCCAUUCAAAUGUUCCAUUUGUAAUCGUGGUUUUAGUAAACAGACUAAUCUUCGUAAUCAUAUGUUAUUACAUUCAGGAGAUAAACCACAUGAAUGUGAAAUCUGUCAUAAAAGGUUCGCAUUAGCAUGUAAUUUACGUGCACAUAUGAAAACACAUGAUGAACAGCAACAACCACAGCAACAACAAACAUCACCACCACCACCACCAUUACCACCAUCACAAUCAUCAUCAUCAUUAUCAUUAUCAUCAUUGGAAAAAUGUUUACGCUGUGGACGUGAUUAUAAUCUUACUAUGAAUGGAUUAAUUACAUUUGGUUAUUGUCAUGAUUGUUGGUCAAUCAAUAGUAAUGUGGCCAAUUUAGUCAGACCAUUGAAUUAGAAUUUUGAUUUUUCUGCUUUCACCUUCUACCACCCCUCACUGUUGUUGUAACUGAAUUUUUUCUAUUGAAUUAAAAACUGCCAUCAAAACAAAAAAAAAAAUCAAAUGAAAAAUGAAACUAAG